UAUUACAAUUAUAUUGAUUCUGAAAGUAGUACUGAAGCAAAAAUAUGGGUAAGAGGUUCAAAUCGAAAUCGCUGCAAAACCAGAAGAAGGAGGUUCUAACUGUAAUCAAGGAAGAACCCGAAAAAUGUGGUGAUGUUAAUGAAUCCAAGCCAGUAGAGGAGCAAGCCAUACUAAAAGCUGUGUCCUCCGACGACUCGGAAGACUCCAAAAAGCACCUCGAGCAAAUGGAAUCGAUUAAAAAUAUGCCGCUUCGCCUGGAUGGGCAAAUCGAGACCUUCAAGUCUGUCCAGGAGGAGCUGCGGGAGUUGCAAAAACGGCAGGUGACCCUGCUGGAUGAGUGCAUUGAAACCCUUCAGGAGUUGAAUAGUGCCAAGCCGCUUAAUGUUACGGAACACAAGCUCAUCCUGAACACGUUCAUCAUCGUAAAGGAUAAAAUUUCGAAAAUAUUUGAGAAUUGUUCUCCAUCUCAGUUGGACGUUCUGAAGCAACAGAACUUGAUUCUUAAUGCAUCUCAAGAGAUUGAGGAAAAAUAAGCAAUUGUGGUUGUAGACAAAAUGGUCAAAUAGAUGAAAUAAUGUAAUCAUUCAUAAAAAUAUUUAAAUA